AUGGCUAAGUAUUUAGAGAAGGUUCAGAAGAACUUGGAAAGAUUCGAUGACUUUAAAAUCGAGCAAAUUCCAAGAGAACAAAACUCUAACAUUGAUGCCCUGGCAAAAAUGGCCUCCCAAAAUGAUUUGGAUGAAUUAAACUUGGUUCCAAUGGAGAUGCUAAGCGAGACAAAUAUAUGUGAAAAGGAAGACGUAGACAACUCUCCUACAUGGAUGACUCCUAUAAUCAACUCUGUACUCGACAGGCAACUUCCAACUGACAAAAACGAGGCACAAAAACUCUUAUACUCACAGCAAACGAAAUCAUCAGAGAAAUUGAUGAAGGAUUUUGUGGGGAUCAUGCAGAGGUUCUCACAUAUACCUCACGUGCCGCCAACGGAUGUAAGGAUGAUGGCCUCACCUUAUCCAUUUGCUAUAUGGAGGAUUGAUCUAAUCAGGGCAUUACCCACCGGGAGAAGAGGAUCCAAGUACGCAGUGGUAGCAGUUGACUUCUUCACUAAAUGGACUGAGGCUGAGCCUCUUGUUUACAUAACCUGCAAGAAAGUCCUCAACUUCAUUGUCAAGAACAUUGUCUGUAGGUUUAUAAUUCCCAAGAAUAUAGUAUCCGAUAACGGAACUCAAUUUGAUGGCGACUUGUUCACUGAGUUCUGCGAGAGGAACAAAAUAAUUAAGAGCUUCUCGUCAGUAUCCAGGCCUCAGGCGAAUGGACAAGUGGAAGCUGUUAAUAAAACCUUAAAGGAUACUAUUAAGAAGAAGCUAGAUGCUGCCAAAGGCAGGUGGGUCGAAAGCUACCACAAGUACUUUGGGCUCAUAGAACUACCGAAAAGACAGUAA